GGACUUUAAGGAAAGUUGAGUUGAGCGACCAAAAUAAGCGAGACAAUGGUGUAAUGAGGAGAGGGCGGGGUAAUGCAAAACGCUACAAAACAAACGUUUACUCCAAACGGAAAAUGCAAACGACAGUUUCUACAGGACAAAUGCAGGUGUACACUCUGCCAUACACACCAGACUCUGCUGAAGCCUGUCGCAACAAAACAGCUGAAUACUAUAACACACUGAUAAACCUGUGCUGCAGCAAGUGUGCUCCCGCAAUAAGGCACCUCGGGGGUUGCACGUUGCGCCAUGCCUAAGAAUAGCCCUUAGCGGUGGUAUAUUGGCCAUAUACCACACCCCCCUCGUGCCUUACUGCUUAAAUGUCAUGACAGGGACACGCCUUAAGAAUGAAUGCAGCACUACCUCAGACACAGUGUGUGAACCAUGUCCCAGUGGCCAAUACAGUGGGACCUUCAAUUACUUCACAAAAUGCUUCAGAUGUCCCAAGUGUUCAGAAGGCAAAGGCCUGCAGUAUGCCCAGGAAUGCUCUAGCACCACCAAAACCCAGUGUAUGUGCCAGACUGGGAAGUUCUGCAUAAUGGAACAACACCCAAACUGUAAGGAGUGUGGCAGUUAUACACACUGCCAGCCUGGCCAUGGUGUUGCCAUAGAAGGGACAACAGAUUCAGAUGUGAACUGUGCACCAUGCCCUAAUGGAACCUUCUCUGAUCAGCACUCCUACACCCAGACCUGCCAGCACCACACAGACUGUGUGUCACAGAGAAGGGGUGUACUGACUUAUGGUAACACCACCUCAAAUGCUGUGUGUGGACCUAAGGUUAGACCACUGACCCGCCCACCGACCAUAAUUCCGACCUCUGGUACAGGGCAUACCACGCCAAGUCUACAGAGCCUGCAUACAGAUGGAAAAUCACCAGGCUUUGACCUUCGUAUAGUUUCAGGUGUUAUCGGAGGUGUUAUCGGAGGUGUUACCCUGCUGCUGAUCAUAGGCACAGUCAUUUACAAGAAAGCCUUCAUAGGGUCCAGGCUUGUAUCUUCUAUAGAAGAUAGAAAUGGAAAUUGGGAGGCCAUUAAAUUUAAUAGUGACGGACCAAUGGUUCUUCAGAACAGUUCAUUCAUUACUAGCUAUCGGGAACAGCAGCAAUGUUUGAUGGGAAAGGGAAACUGCAGCAAUCCCAGUCAGGCAGAGAACCAGCAAGAUACUAGAAGGACCUGGGUGUCAGAGUGCUCCAACAGCCUGGAGGGCCUGGCAAUAGGCCCCCUUCAGUCCACUCCUCCACAGCCCAGCACCCAGCCCAGCCCUCAACGCACCAGCCCCCAGCCUACCAGUCCCUUGCCAUCUAGUCCCCUAGUUAAUGUCAACAUCACUGUUAACUACCCUGUGACCUUAGGAAAUGGGUCAUGCUCCACACCUACCAGCACCCACAUAGACCCAUCCCAGGCUGACCCUGAGCUCCCUCUAUCAAGGGAGGAGGAGGUGUAUGUCAACAUGCCACAGCAAGAGGGCGGAAAAGAGGCACUUACGGCAAUACAGGAGAGUGGAAAUGAUGUUUGAGGACUGGCAGCAGAUAGGACAGCACCAGACAAUAGAUUAUGUUUUAAUGAUGUUUUUUCACACUGGUUGUUGUCUCUGUUUUUAUAUGAUUGCUACUACUGUUGCUGACUGAAUUGGUGGAGAGACACUGCACAGAAUGACUGUUCAUGUGUCUUAGGCAUGGACUUGUCAUAAUGUGCUGUGCUGGAAAGCCUUGAGCACCUGAAUAGAUUGUCAAUGACUGUUCAAAGAAUGAUUGAUAUGUGAGUAAUGUAUGUAAUUACUGUGAAUGUUGUAAAUAUACACUGAAAAAAAAUAUAAACACAACAUGCAACAAAUUCAAAGAUUUUACUGAGUUACAGUUCAUAGAAGGAAAUCAGUCAAUUGGAAUAAAUUAAUUGGGCC